ACGAGUGCGCGUGUGUUGGACAGCCAUGGUGGUGGACAGCUCGGACAAGACGGCGAGACGGACAGCUGUCAGAGCGCUGUCACUCGGUCACCUGCGCAGAAGGGUGUCCACCGCGCGCCAGAUCCGUGACUUCUGCGGCCACCAGCUCCACGGACGGACGCUCUCCCCCGGGCCCGAUAUAGCCCGCGAGGCGCGUGACGUCACCAUGCUGUGCCUGUCGCCCGGCCGGCCGCGCGACGGCCUCAGACUGGCUCUGAACAGGAGCCUGAGCGAGCCGGGACCUCCGGCGCCGCAGCCCCCGCUGCUGCCGCCUCCGUCCACGCCGCCGCCGUCGUGCGCCAAGCGCUGCAAGCUGGAGUCGGUGAGCCUGCCGGCCAGCCCGUGCGCCGACUCGGUCACGCUGCAGAGGUCGCUGGUCAUGAAGAAGGUGCGCGUGCUGGCGCCCGACGCGCUCGCCGAGAAGCUGCGCCAGCAGCGCGAGGAGACCUCCUGGGGCUGCGCCCCCAAGGGCUUCCUGCUCGUCGACUGCCGGCCCUUCAUGGCCUACAACGUGAACCACGUGCGCGGAGCCAUCAACGUGAACUGCUCGGACCGCUUCAACCGCCGCCGCCUGCAGCUGGGCAAGGCCACGCUCGCCGACCUGGCGGCCACGCGCGACGGCAAGGAGGCCCUGAGGAGGCGCGCCUUCAAGGAGGUGGUGGUGUACGACGACUGCAGCACCGAGUUCGAGAGGCUGCCCGUGUCGCACCCUCUGUUCCUGGUGCUGACCACCCUGGUGGAGGACAACAAGGAGCCAGCCUUCCUCGUGGUACCUGCUGAACCUCAUAGUCCUCCUGUGUGGCACCUGCUGUUCCUGGUGCUGACCACUCUGGUGGAGGACAACAAGGAGCCGGCCUUCCUCGUGGGUGAGUACCUGCUGAACCUCAUAGUCCUCCUGUGUGACACCUGCUGUUCCUGGUGCUGA